UGAAACCAAACGAGUUUGAGUCGCGAUUAAUAUUUAUGUAUAAAUUAGCAUGUAUUUUGCAUAUGUAGGGGACGUUGGAGUUUGUGUUUGAGCCCAACCCCAGAAGCAGCGGCCCCGGUGUCCCGGCUUCGUUCUGCCCGCUUCCCCUACUUGGCUCUUGUGUCCCAGGACAAUGGGCAGCAAAGACAGCGGCCCGCUGGAGAAGUAUAAACUGGUGGUGGUCGGAGGCGGAGGUGUAGGCAAGAGUGCCCUCACUAUCCAGUUCAUCCAGUCUUAUUUUGUAUCGGACUAUGACCCAACGAUCGAGGACUCCUACACCAAGCAGUGUGUCAUCGAUGAUCGAGCUGCACGACUAGACAUUUUGGACACUGCCGGCCAAGAGGAAUUUGGCGCGAUGAGGGAACAGUAUAUGCGGUCAGGCGAGGGUUUUCUACUUGUCUUUGCCAUCAACGAUCGGGGAAGUUUUGACGAGAUCAGCAAGUUUCACCGGCAGAUUUUGCGAGUGAAGGACAGGGAUGAGUUUCCCAUGAUCCUCAUUGGGAACAAGGCUGACCUCGAACACCAGCGACAGGUGACGAAAGAGGAAUCUGACAGUCUUGCCCGGCAACUCAAAGUAUCCUAUCUGGAGGCUUCUGCCAAAAUACGGUUGAACGUAGAUAACGCGUUUCACAAUCUGGUGCGCGCAAUACGGAAGUUCCAGGAGCUGGAAAGCCCUCCGAGCCCGCAGCCCAAGCCCACGAAGAGAGAGUCCAGUGGGUGUCCGUGUGCCCUCCUGUGAGCCCUCCUGCCCUUGGGGCGAGUUGGCUUUGCUUUGAGCCGGAACCUUGGGACAUCCGCUCCUCCAGUCUUCCUCCACGGCAUCUACUGACGUCCCCUCCUCUUGAACUAGCGACCAUUGUGGAAUUGCCGAAGAUCACCUCCUUCCCUCACCCCCCCACCUCCACCAACCCCCCACCCCCGCUCAGCAAUGACACUCGCAAGUGGGUUCGUGCUCGCUGCUUUGGGAGACGGUAUUUGGUGACUGGUUCAAUCUGUUUCUUAACAAACUUAUCUCUUUUUACGGAAAGAAAAAUCUCCAGUGAUACUUUUUUUGAGUGGCCGGAACACAGGGAAACUCUGCUGGAAAAGUGAAGCCAGGAAUGCUGGACAGGGUGGGGAUUUUGCACUGUAGCUGUGUUUUUGGGGGAGGGGGGGUGGUGUUGGGGUUGGAGGAAGGAUGUACCAAGGUCAACCUUGUCCUACUGUAAUUGACACUACGGGUCACUUGUUGCUUUAAACCGAUCAUCAUCUUCAAACGGGUGUUUCAGUCAUGGUAACUCAAGACCGUGAUGCCUGGGAAGUGGGGCAUAGGUCAAGAAGCCCAGAAAGGGUCAUUGUUGGCAGGAGCUGUGGGUCUUGGCUUCCUCUGCACACCCGAUCAAAGCAAUGAAAAGACCCCCUUGCUGACCACCCUAGUGCUGAGGACUUCCCAAGUCAAACUGUUCCAAUUUGGCACUUGCCCUUGUGGUCUUGGGCAGAGGGGGUUACACUGGGAGGUUUGGUUUUGUAGGAAUUUGUAUUGUUCAACCAUAUGACCUAUCAGAUGGUACCUGUUGGGAUUUCAUUUCCCAGUACCUCUGCUUGACAGGACGGUUAUUAUUAAUUGCUCCCUGGUUGGAUGUGUCCUGUGCCAAGAGAAGUGUUUCUGAUGGGUCAACUUGGCAUCUCUGGAUAAAGUGUGCCUACUCCUGAUCACUCCAGCAGUGUUGCACUUGACAUCAUUGUAGUGGAGAAUGAAUUGGUAUCAAGGGUGAUCAACACCUGAGGUGCCUCUAAAGCUAGAGAAGGUCUUUUGGUUUGGUUACCCUGAGAGGUGCAGAGUUUUGCAAAGGGCUAAGCUGACCAUGGUGACCCAUGAGCUUAACAAUCCACUGCUCCUAGAAUUCCUACAUUCAAGUGCUUCCUGGUGCUUUUCAAAUGGGAUUUCUCUCCCAUUUCCCAUACCCACUGCUGCCGUCCCUCUGUGGAGUCUGAUUCCCCU